AGCUUAUGGCUUUACCUCUAUUUUUAGCUGCCUUCUUUUGAAAUAACUAUCUGACAAAGAAAUCUGGCUGGGGGAAGUACAGACUGAGAGCAAAUUCCUAUACUUACAGUGUAAGAUCUUGUUCCAUAUUUUCUGUACUGCAGUUUUGGAAGAAUGUCUAGCAGCACUUUCCUUGCUGAAAAAUAACAGUCUUUCAAAACUUUUUUUUGGGUAUAUUCUGCUUUGACUGGUGGUUUCUUCAUGGCCUGUGGUAUGAUAAAGUGUCAUGCCUCCUGCUGUCCACAUCUCAGCUCUCUUGCCAUCAUCUAUUCAGCUGGCCAGCUGCCAGUCCAUAAAUGGGUAUUCUUCUUCCAGAUGGCUUGGCAGACAGUGCAUCAUCUCUGGCUACAUUACCCAAAACAUUACUUUCAAGAAGCUGCUUCUACCAGGUUUUAUAUCACCCUUUCUGCCCUCAUACUGAAGACCCAGAAUGUCACCUCACUGGCUUUGGAUAUCCAUGAAAGGAAAGAUAUUGAUUCUUAUGGAUGCAGACAUUUGGAAACAGCCCACAUGAUUGUUGUCAUUAUUCAGACAUGGGACAAGAGUAAGGCUCAGUGGCUUAGAAACAUAUUUCAAUGGAAUAAUUAAUAUCUUCUGUUGAGCAUCUUUGCCUUCUUAACCUGGUGCCAUGGCCUUCACUCAGUCCUGGUUUUUGGGUUUCUAUGUUGGGCCUUAUGGGGGAAGCUUUUGGGUUCAUUUGCAAAUCUCCAGCUCCAGAGAUGCUUGAGAUAUCUUGAUAGAUAUCUCUAG